AUAGGCAAAAGACAGAGCCAAAGAUGGGCGAGAUCAAAGCCAGACGCAUAAUCCUCCUCUCCAUCAUAUUCAUCUUCUUCUUCUCCGAGACUCUUCUUUUUUGUUCAGCUAACGAGCAUGGCUCAAGGAAUCUUGGAGUGGUAAUGAGGCAACGGUUGAGAAACAGAGGGCCUCGAAACACCAACACAACAUCCGCAGCUUCGACUAUGAUGUUCUCAAGCUCCUUCCAUAUGGGUGCUGCUUCCUCUUUCCUCCUCGCUCUCCUUUUAUAGGUUCCUUUUGUAAUGAUUGUGAUUCACGGUUUCAGAGUGAUUUCUGUAGUUUGCUUUUUGUUUAUUGAAUUGAUAUUUGUAAAAUUUACCAAAUGGUCUCAAACUCUGUUAUUUUUUUUUCAUUUCUCUGAUCCUUCUUGUCUAUAAG